AUGAAGUUCAAUAAAGCAAUUACAGCAAGAUGCAUAUUGUCGCCAGUGUUACUGGAUGACGAAGAGCUGAGUGAGGAGGAGACGGAGUUCGAUGAUGACGAGGAAACGAUGAAUCUUAUCAAGUUCAAUAUUUGCUUUCCCUUAAUCGACGCCGUUCUGCGAAAUGAAGCCUUUGCCUAUGCACUUCGUUUAAAUACCAUGCGUCUCUUCUCUUCAGCUCUUAAAGGCAAAUUUAUAAAGGAAGAUGAAAUACAAAGUCUCCCGUUGGGCAGUGUUUGUUUGCUUCUUUUGCAUAUUCUUGCGACGGAUGCAUCCGAAUUGUAUCCACUUGCUAAAGCGUCGCUGGAAGCAUUUUGCGAACUUCUGGACAGGUGCCCUGAAAAAGAUUCAAGUCUGAUUGCGGUUCUUGAAAUUAUCAUACAGCGUCUAAUGGAUCAAAAUGAUGGUCUAAGAGAAUCCGCUUUGAUGUGUCGCUUCCACGGAAUACCACAUUACUUUGUCCAUCUCUCCUUCCUCACCUCAUUUUUUCAAGAGAUGGGUUUAGCAUUUUCUACAACGAGAUACUUGUUUAAGUAG